UCACCAUUUUCUUGAUCCUGGCUUUGGCUUUUAUUGAGACCCCUUCUUCAUUCACAAGAACCGCAGAUGUACGCUACCGCUCCCUGCCCUGGGAGCCACCCUGUGGCCUGACCGAGGGUGUGGAGGCGCUCUGCCUGCUAGUCUUCCUGGCUGAUGUCUCUGUGAAGGGCUACCUGGUUGGGCGUGCCCAGUUCCAGAAGAACCGGUGGCUGCUGGCCUACCUCAUAGGGCUGAUUGUGUCCCUGGUGGACUGGACUGUGUCUCUGAGCUUCGCUUGUCAGGAGCCCCUGCGUGUCCGCCGGUUGCUCCGCCCCUUCUUCCUGCUGCAGAACUCCUCCAUGAUGAAGAAGACCCUGAAGUGCAUCAGGUGGUCGCUGCCGGAAAUGGCCAGCGUCGGGCUGCUGCUGACCAUCCACCUGUGCCUCUUCACCAUGCUCGGCAUGCUGCUGUUUGCCGUCGGCGAGAAGGAUGAAGAGCAGGAUAAGGAGAGGCUGGCCUACUUCAGGAACCUGCCAGAGGCGCUGACCUCCCUCCUGGUGCUGCUGACCACUGCCAACAACCCUGAUGUGAUGAUUCCUGCGUAUUCCAAGAACCGAGCCUAUGCCAUCUUCUUUAUAGUGUUCACCUUGAUAGGAAGCCUGUUUCUGAUGAAUCUGCUGACGGCCAUCGUCUACAAUCAGUUCCGUGGCUAUCUGAUGAAGUCUCUGCAGACCUCACUGUCACGGCGGCGGCUGGGGACCCGCGCUGCCUUCGAAGUCCUCUCCUCUAUGGCAGAGAAGGACAGAGCUACCUCUGAGGCAGUUGGAGUGAAUCCCCAGAAACUCCUGCAGGUGCUUCAGAGAGCCGAGCUGGGCAGCUCCCACAAACAGGCCAUCGUGGAGAAGGUGUACUCCCAUGGCAGCACGCUGCUGUUGGCUGACGAGUUCCAGAAACUCUUCGAUGAGAUUGAUAAAACUGUGAUUAAAGAGCACCCACCGAGGCCCCAGUACCAGUCUCCGUUUCUGCAGAGUGCCCAGUUCCUCUUCGGCCACUGUUACUUUGACUACCUGGGGAACCUCAUCACCCUGGGAAACCUCGUGUCCAUUUGUGUGUUCCUGGUGCUAGACUCAGACCUGCCACCUGAGGCUCGUGAUGACUUUGUCCUGGGGAUUCUCAACUGUGUCUUCAUCCUGUACUACCUGCUGGAGCUGCUCCUCAAGGUGUUUGCCCUGGGCCUGCGUGGAUAUCUGUCCUAUCUCAGCAACGUGUUUGACGGCCUCCUCACCAUCGUCCUGCUGGUUUUGGAGAUUUCCACUCUGGCCAUGUAUGGAUUCCCACACCCUGGCUGGAAGCCAGGCAAGCUGGGCCUGCUGUCACUGUGGGACAUGACGCGGCUAGUGAGCAUGCUCAUCGUGUUCCGGUUCCUCCGAAUUAUCCCCAGUGUGAAGCCAAUGGCCGUAGUGGCCAGUACCAUCCUGGGCCUGAUACAGAACUUGCGGGCAUUUGGUGGGAUCCUGGUGGUAGUGUACUAUGUGUUUGCCAUCAUCGGAAUCAACCUGUUUCGAGGUGUUAUCGUGCCUCCUGGAAACAGCAGCCUUGUCCCUGCCAACAGCUCAGCACCCUGUGGAAGCUUCGAGCAGCUGGAGUACUGGGCCAACAAUUUUGAUGACUUUGCAGCUGCCCUGAUCACGCUGUGGAACGUGAUGGUGGUGAAUAAUUGGCAGGUGUUCCUGGAUGCAUAUCGGCGUUACUCGGGCCCGUGGUCAGAGAUCUACUUUGUGCUGUGGUGGCUGGUGUCCUCUGUUAUCUGGGUCAACCUGUUUCUGGCGCUGCUUCUGGAGAACUUCCUUCACAAGUGGGAUCCCCGCUGUCAUGAGCAGCCCCUGGCUGGGACCCGGGAGGCCACCUACCAGAUGUCCGUGGGACUCAUGUUCAGGGACAUCCUGGAAGAGCCCAGGGAGGAGGAGCUGGUGGAGAGACUGCGCCGGCACCCACACUUGCAGCUGUGCAGGUGACGGCCAGGGGCUUCCAGCUGGGCAGUGGAAGGAGAUUCUGGCCAGGACCUACACUGGCUGUGGAGGAGGCAGCAGAGGAGGCAGCACUGUGGCCAAGCGGGAAGAGAUUGCACUUGUCAUAGACCACUCCAUGGGCACAGGAGGUUGCAACGAGGAGCCUCCUCCCUGUUGCUGCUCUCCAGGAGCUGCCACACCAGGUCCAGAUUGCUCUAUGGUUGUCUCAUUUCAAGUGCCAGCUCCAGCGGUUGGUGGCAUAGUUUCUCCGUGGACCUGUGAGUGAUGUCUGCCUGGGGCUCAGGUGUGACUCCACCAUAGGCCGCAAGCCCUGCAGACGUCCCCACUCACCUGGAAAUGGGAUUUGAGGCAAGUGUCACUGGGAAAGGGACUCUAAAAUGUCAUGAAACCCCGGUACGUGAGUUCUGUGAAUGCUGGUAGAGGUGCCAUGUUCUUAGCUCCUUGUCGCUUCUGAUCCAUCCUGCAGCUUCACCGAAAUCCUGGGCACUCCCAACACCGUCUGGUUUGGAGCCUUUGGGGGCUGUGAGGACAGUCCUAUCUCCUCCUUCUGCAGGCUGCCUCCCUGGAGGCUGAUUUGAGUGGGGAGGGCCUUCUGGAGCGUGGUUGGCAUCCAUAACUCAGCUGACCUUGCUAGGCUGGCACUGGUACCUCUAGGGACCCUCUCUCUCUGCUAAAGGUUGGGUGCCACCUAGUGGUAGAUAGGAUUUGACUGACCUUUGUAGUAUCUGGUGGCCCUGUGAUCCCCAGAAGCAGCUGGUGGCCUGCGUCCCCUGUCCAGUGUCCCAAGGUCCCUGAGAUGCGAAGCUCCUGUCCACAUUUUGGACUGACCUGGUCCUCUUGGGCACUUAUCAGAUGCCAUCCAGCACUGACCCCAGGUCCACCCUGUGUUCUAGUGUCAUAGUCUCUGUGCAGAGACAAUCCCCCCUUUCUCCCUCCAGAUAGCAGGGAACUUUGGAUCGCCCUACUGGGCAUGGGGAGGCAGCACUGGUCUGGGAGGCUCUGCUGGAGAGAGGGGCACCUGGUGCUGCUGUCUCUGGGGAGCAUGUAGUGGGCUAGAGGAGGGUGGCCAGUUGUGCUGGGGUCUUCUGACUGUGAGUUGGGCCUUGUGGAUAUUUUGGGGACUCCUGGCCCCCAGAGCUAAUGGUCCUUCCGCCUGUUUCCCACAGGCUGAAUUCAACCAGGCUGUGCUAGUGCCGGGGGCAGGGCCACUGCAGGUCACCAGCUGUAGUCUCCUCGUACUCCUGACCUGCCUAGGCAGUGCCUCCACAGAGCAUGGUGGCCACACAGCUGCAGGAGGACAACCUGUGCUGGCAUCUCAGGCCCUUGCAGUGGCUCUUUUCUGUGGCCUUAUUUUGGUGGCUCUGGCUGGACAUGGGUGGAGGGGCUGAGCCCUGCUGGACCCUGGAGUUGCCCAGCACAGUGAGGAGGUGUCACAGCUCCAAUGCAGGCCAGAGAAGGAGGUGGGUGCAGGACGUAGCUGUGGCUGAGGAGCCUGGGGCCUGGGAGGGAUCUUGUGUCCUUAUGGCUGGGGAGCCCUGGCCUGGGGUUAGUGGGAAGCAUAUAUGGAGGCAGCCAGCCUUGGUGGAUGUGGGAGGUGGCCUGUUGGGGCAGCAGAGGGGCAUGGCAUGUGGGGUAGCUGCCCUGGCCUGUACCUGGGCCACCUGAGCUUGGGCUGUACAUUCCGAAAAGAAGCAGAACUGUGAGCCAGUGCUAUUGGUGGAUGGGAGUGCAGGUCGGAGCCUGUGUGGUCAGUGAAGGGACCUGGGCAGGCGCUGAAGCCUCCACCCGCCCAGAGGUCUCAGCUGCUCAGCCAGCUCUUGCAGCCUGGAUAUGGGAAGGUUCUCACUUCCCACAGUGCCCCCAAUCUCCCUGGGAGCCCCUAGCACACCCUGGGCCCUCAGGUCCCACCUCUGUGACUAGGAAGGUGGGGCCCUGGCCACUUCCUUCCAUUCUGUGCAUCUUGCCUUUGGAUGUGCACCUU